CUCGCAAUAUUCACAUCCUGCCAUCACAACGAGUAGCACGUAAGGAAUCAUCAUGAAACUGGUCAUACUCCUUGUUGUCGUUUCUGCCAUGCUCGUACUAGGAGGAGCACAAACAGCCAGCCAAUUUUAUUAGUGUAGAUUACACACUGUGAAAUCAAUUAGACCAGCGGAUGUAAGCCUAAAUAUUGAUAAUGAUGCAGCUCGUUUUGAUCCCGAGUAGCGUCACGCUUCGCAUAUAAAUUCUCAACUUGGUUACUGUCCUGUUUACUGUGAAUGUUCUAUUCCAGCACAAAAAUUCGAUUCGUGUACAUUUUAUGAACUGGUAAAACGUUAAUUUCGGAGCUUUGCUGGAGAAUACCAGUUUUAAGACCAGAGUUUGGCGAGCCUUAAGCUUGUGGAACCUCGCAACAACCGAGACCGUCUUAACAAUGAUUUCAAAGUUGUAACCCGGUCACCCUUGAAACACGCAGUUUCUCUAUGGUAAAAUUUUCCACUACCAAUCUUUUAAAAUGUUUCAAGCUAUCAAAGCAAUUGGACCACGCAAUACUUUCACAAAUAAACCAUAAAACAUGAUUACUACAGCUCUGAUGAAGUCAUAAACGCUCGCUUCCAGCCCCGCGUGUGUCGAGCAUUAUGAACUGGUUCUAAGUUCAUCACUGAUACUGGAUGAUGCCUACUUUGACUACUUACUAAUUAUGACGACUAAUAUCUAUAAAGUUUGCUAGGCGUUCAAAAUUAAAAGUCGCGUCAAGUAAAUGUACAACAUUUAAUUCAGUUCAUUGGUUAAUUAUUAGAACCUACGCAAUGUCAAAAAAAUCACGUGACCAUAAUUUUGUUAUAAAUAAAUAUUCAUGAACCACAUUUCAAUAUAUAAAUGAAGGGUUGGUUAGCUUUCAUCACAUUCACAUUUCAUCAGUCGCAUUAGCAAGACUUCCUUCGAAACACACUUCAGUCGCCAAACAUGAAAUUACUCCUUGCUAUUGCAUUAAUGUUGACAACAGUAAUGUGGGCGUCAACACAACAGCCUCAAACAGUGCACACGUACUGCGGGCAUCACUUGGCCCGCACUCUGGCCGACCUGUGCUGGGAAGCGGGCGUGGACAAGCGCAGCGAUGCUCAGUUCGCGAGCUACGGCUCCGCGUGGCUGAUGCCGUACUCGGAAGGGCGCGACCAACGAGGCAUCGUGGAUGAGUGCUGUCUCAGACCCUGCAGCGUGGACGUGCUUCUGUCGUAUUGUUAGACCACUCUUUUACCAAACUAAUUCAUUCUCAAUACAUUUGGAAAUAAAUAGCUGUAAAUAACAAAA